AAUGUGUCAUCAGUUUAUACAAUACCGGUAAAAGAUCCCAAGGAAGUGAAAAAAGAAGAUCGCCGCCGUGUUAUUGGGUGUAUUUUCAUUUUAUGUGUAGUAUGUGUAGUGACUGCCGCCACUGUGCUCUUCGCAUUCUUCAAAAUGGACACAGAUAAAACGAAUUCCGAGGAAAAGGCCAAGGAUCCUGAAAUGAAUGUUACGCAAACUUACCACGGGACGUUUGCAAUUACAUUUAUUGACUAUAUGGCAGCUGAAUAUCUUGAUGAAUACGAUAAUCCAGAUACACCACAAUAUCAAGUAUUGGAACAGAAUAUAACCAAUAUGUUACACGAGACAUACGUUAGUGUCGACCAGUUUGUCGAGUUCUUGUACAGUGAGCUGCUGGACGUCAGGAAUGGAAGUAUAAUUGUCGACUUUAUGUUAGUCUUCAAGAUAAAACGGAAAAACUACCAAUUAUCUAUUGUUGAAUUAAAACAGGUUUUACAUCACACCAUCAUAGUAGGAGACACAGUUUUCCAAAUAGACACAGAUUCAAUAGUAAUAACGGAACAUAUUACAACACUACCACCAACAACAGUGGAGUCAACAGUACUGCCAGUGACAAUAACAUUUCCCCCUCCUCCUCCACCUCCCCCACCUCCGCCAUUUACUACACGUGCACCACCCUCGACAAUAACCACCAUGCAAACAGAAACAUCUGUUAUGACAACUAUGCGACCAUCUACACCUGGGAGAACAGCGAGAGUAACUACUCAACCACCAACAACGAAAACAACAACAGAGAGUACAUCAAUGUAA